AUGGACACAGACACAGGCAUGCACCAAAACCAACACAACAACCAACAGUUCAAAAUCCAGCACCACAACAACAACCAAAACCAACAGUUCAAAACCCUGCACAACAACCAACAGUUCAAAAUCCAGCACCUGCACCACAACCAAAACCAGCACAACAACCACCUCCACAACCAGCACAGCAAACCAACAGUUCAAAACCCUGCACAACAACAACCACAAACAGAGCAAGGACAUAAAAGAAGUAGAGAAAAAGGAAACCAAGAAUUCUUAAAAAUGCUUAAGGAAGAUUAUGGUUACCCAGAUACUCUUGACUUUAGUGACAGAUAUAAAGAAGCUAUUAGAAAGUUCAAGGAAGGAAAUACUGACCCGAACCUAUUUAGCUUUAUGGUUGAGCAUCAAAUCGGAUAUAAUCUCAAACCUGGAAAAUACAAGCUCGCUAAGGGAUAUGAUUUAAUAGCAUAUCAUCCAAAUGACAUGAAUGAAUUUACUCCGAGAUAUUUGAUGUCAGAGCUAAAUGAUAAUUCAACUCUCUUCAUGAAACGCGUAAAAAAUAGAGACGGAACGAAAGAAGAAAGGUUUAUGAGUCCGGAUGACUUAGAUAGGGAACUUGUUAAAAACGGUCUCGGAAUAUAUGAAAUGCCAGCAGAUGAGGUACAAGAAACUCCACAGGAAGAAGUUCAGAUACAACCAGACAUGGAAGAAAUAGUUCAGCAACAACAGCUAGAAGAGCCUGAAGGAAACGAACAAGUCCCUCCUUUGGAAACUAACUUCACAGAACUAGAUGAAGAUUUGGAACAGCCGAAAAAUCUUGACCCUCAACAAGAGUAUGAGGUGAAUAUGGAAUCUUUCCAAGAGUCUAAGAAAAAUUCGGCUGACAUAGUAGAAGAAUAUCGAAAAAUGUUCACCGACAUACAAAAGACUCCAACAUCAGAUGAAAAUAUUCAGCAUAGAAUGGAA